UCCUCUAGUUCUUGGUUCUCUAACCAAGGUCACUUUUCUCUACUUCCCUGAUCACUGUUGUUCUGUCCAGGAAUGGUGAAUUCAAACCAGGAAGGCUGGAGAGGGGGCAAGACCUGCAGCAGAUGAGGCUUUGCCAGUAUUUUGCACAAGAGCAUUGAACACACAGCUGUCACUUCUGGAAUUACUUGGCCUGAUAAAUCCUAGGAUCUCAUUUGUUUCUUCUCAGGACUAUUUUCUGCUGUGGUUUAUGGUGGUCACAAAAUAAGACAAACACCCUUGUCUCUCCUCCUUCUGUUUCCAGCUCAUGAGCACAGUUUGGAUUAGCUUGUUUGUUUAAAAAAUUCACUGACUCCCUAACAGUUAAUUCCCUGUUGCUUCCAUUACAUGCAGUUUUUGAGGGCAGCCAGUUUUCACAUGUGACUUCAUGGUCUUUCUCCAGGGUGUUGGUGCUAUCUGCAAAAGUAUCUACUGCAGCUGGUCUAAACAAGGGUAAAACACCCAAUUUUGUGGAGAUUGCUGCAUAUGUGUGUUGUUAACAAUAAGCGUGGAUUGUAGGUGCUGGAAAAAGCUUGGCAGCAUGCCUGAUUGCAUUGUCACUGGGAGAGUGCAAAAGUCAGGUACUUGGACUUGGCAGUGAAGGCGUUUAAUACGAGACUCUCCAAAUUCUGUGUUUAGUUAUUUUUCAUGUCCAAAUGGUGCCUGCGAGCUGCUCAGGAUGUGGUGCAGAAGGCUGGCAUGUCUGUUCAAGGUGCCAUGCCGGCUGAGUGGAAGCACUAGACAUCGCUCACCAUGGCUGCCCCGUGACAGAAGGACCAUCCUCGCUGCCGCGACUCGCUGGCAUCACACGGCCCCAGAGUCCCUCAAGUGCGCCUGGCAGUUACACGGUGACCAUCUAGAGCUCAGGUAUGCGAACACGUUGAUGCGCUUCGAUUUCGUAUGGCUGCGAGACCACUGCCGCUCAGCUUCCUGCUACAAUGCCAAGACGAACCAGCGCAGCUUGGACACAGCAAGCGUGGACCUGGGAAUCAAACCCAAGGCUGUCCGAGUGGAUGAGACCACGCUCUUCCUCACAUGGCCGGAUGGGCACGUGACGCGGUAUGGGCUGGAGUGGCUGGUGAAGAACAGCUACGAGGGGCAGAAGCAGCAGGUCAUGCACCCACGGAUUCUCUGGAAUGCAGAAAUCUACCGCCAAGCCCAGGUCCCAUCCGUUGACUGCCGGAGUUUCCUGGAGACAGACGAGGGACUGAAAGAGUUCCUGCAAAACUUCUUGUUAUAUGGAAUUGCUUUUGUAGAGAAUGUCACUCCCACCAAAGAGGACACAGAAAUCUUAGCGGAAAGGGUCAGCUUAAUCAGGGAGACCAUUUAUGGUAGAAUGUGGUACUUUACCUCUGACUUUUCUCGGGGAGACACCGCCUACACCAAGCUGGCUCUGGAUCGUCACACCGACACAACCUACUUCCAGGAGCCCUGCGGCAUCCAAGUGUUUCACUGCCUGAAGCAUGAGGGCACGGGCGGGCGGACGCUGCUGGUGGAUGGUUUCUAUGCGGCAGAGCAGGUUCUCCGGCAAGCCCCUGAUCAAUUUGAGCUGCUCAGCAAGGUGCCAUUGAAGCACGAGUAUGUUGAGAACGUGGGAGACUGUCACAACCACAUGAUCGGAGUUGGGCCGGUUCUCAAUGUCUAUCCCUGGAACAAUGAGCUUUAUCUUAUCAGAUACAAUAACUAUGAUCGUGCUGUCAUCAACACUGUGCCUUAUGAUGUUGUGCAUCGCUGGUACGCUGCUCACCGCACACUCACCACAGAGCUCAGGAGACCAGAAAAUGAACUGUGGGUCAAACUGAAGCCGGGCAAGGCACUGUUCAUAGAUAACUGGCGUGUCCUGCACGGACGGGAAGCAUUCACAGGGUACCGCCAGCUCUGUGGCUGCUACCUGACGAGAGAUGAUGUGCUGAACACCGCACGCUUGCUGGGACUCCAAGCUUAGCCCAGACCAUCCUCUGUGGAGAGGCAGUCAGACCUCCAGCACCACCGUGGUGCUGUGUCACCACGCCGAAGAUGUUGCACAUACCUCAGACACCUCCACCCUCUCCAAGUGGUUCUCGGUGCCUGCUCAGGAGAGAGAGCAGGUGGAAGCCAAAGGUUAUGGGAGCUUUAUGGGACCAUAUUCUGUCUUUGAGCAUGGUCAGCUCUUGCUGUCUGUGCACCCAGCCUGGUCUUUCCAGCCAGCCAGUCUGUCUCAGCUCUGCUGAGUGAGGGUUAAUCGCACCACGGGAAGUGCUCCCAGCACCUAUUCAUGUGAAGUGCUCCUCCAGUCAAGUGCCUUCAGGAUCUGAAAUCUUUGCAUUUUUCCCUGUUGGUUAGCCUUUUUGUCAGCUGGCAGUUCUAGGGUGUUUUUAGCAGAGCAGAAUGGAAAUCUCUGGGGUCUUGUCUCACCCCAGGCUGGACUUUAUGCCUUCUAGAGAAAACAAAAGUCUGUGGUCCCUAUUUGAUGAAAAUGCCACUACUCAAACUGAGGGCUGUUGGCGUAUUUCAGUGACUUCUUCCUUCUUAAACACACUCCAUAUCCCCGUAACAGUCACUGAUACAAGCCAUGCUGCUUGAGAGAUGGCCUGGAAAGAGAACCUGGUACAGUUAGGGUAUUUCUGAAAAGGCUUGGGUUAGAAGGAAAGGAGGAAGUAGCAAGAUCUGCAUGUUGAGAAGGAGAGAUGACUGUGUUAGACGAGGGUUGUACUUCUCACGUUUCCUUGACUUACAGUAAUGUAAUGCUUGUGUUCUUUCUGCCUGUUGCGCUGUGCUUGUAUGAAGGGCGAAGGCUCAGCAGCUACAGUAUUUGCUGACUAAUUUCCCACUGUGCCUGCUCUUUCAUCUUUUCUGAAGAAGGAAUUUUUGUUAGGUCAUCAUUACACUGGCUGAUGGAUGAGGCUGACCAUUGGUUUGUUUUUUGGUUUUUUUUUUUUUUCACCACCUUCUUCUGCAUAUGAAGGUAAUGAACACCGAGGUGCCUUUCAGCUCCUGGUAGGUGGGAGGAUAAAUUGGAGUCUGGCGCAUUGAAGGGCCACAGUAUAAGAACAAAAGAAAAUCCCAUCUUUAUUAGAAACAUUGGAAUUUUAGAACCAAGAGAAGAUUUUUAGGAUUUGUUUAUUUUUCAUUCUUCCUUAUAUUUGGGAGUGUUCACUCUGCUCUGGCUAGACCUUAAAACAGGGCUGGUCCCUUUCACUCCUGGCUUUCCUGUGCAAGCAAGAUGCUCUUGUGUCCAAGGUACAAGUGGAGCGCAGAUGCAUCUGUGCUAAACUUGCUGCCCUCAUUUAUUCUAAAUACUGAAUAUAUAGAUCCUGGUGUUAAGAGACACUCUUGAAAGCUUCUCUUCAUGUGGACUGAGCUACCUGAUGCCGUCUUUUUGCAGUAUUUCCCGUCUGCGGUGAGCCACUACUGCAGUCAUCAGGAGUUGAAAGGGGUUUCUGAGUGAAGGCUUGGCAGGAAGCUGUUGAUCAGAGGAUAUGUGAGGAAGUGAAACAUCAGCAAUGGUGGCAGGUAAUACAAGCUUGAAGUGAGCUGGCUUCUGUCAGGUAUGUCUCACAGGGCCUGUGAACAGCAGCCCCGGACACAGGCAGGAACUUGAAUUUUCCUCUAGGCUGAGUCACUGAAUUCCUUGAGCAGCCUGCAGCAUACAUUCUGUUACCUUCUUUAUCAGGCAUUUUGUUCAUAGGUUUUCCUUAGGUGCCAGUUACACCAGCAUGACUUAGAUCUGAAAUUUUACAAAUAUUCGUUAAUCGUGUUGAAAUAGCAAACCAGUUACAUACACUGUCCCUCACGCAGCCCAGCUCCAAUGCUCUGGGGUUGGCUUCUGGGUGAAACCGUGGCCUGGAGCAUGGGGGAAGAGGUGACAAAAGCCAGUCUCUGUGUUAGUUGACAAAGGAGGGGACAAAGGACCCUGAUCAGUAUUUGAAACCCUUGGAGCAGUGGAGCCCUCUUUCAAAUUAUUUGAGGGUAUCAAGGGUUCCUGAGUUCUUUUUGCCUCCCUGUGCCCCCAGGAUAUGAGGGAAAGAGCUUGGGUAAUGUGGAAACCUUCCAUUAGUCAAUGAGAUCAGCUUUACCUUCCCUUGCUCAGGCGACCUCUGUCUUUUAUCAGCUGCAAGCUGAAAAUCUGCCGCUACCCUGAGCUGGAGCAUGCAGGACUAUGGCUAGCACAAGGGAGAACUGACCAAAGUGUUUUGAUGACAGAUUGUUGUGACAUAGGUGCCUUUCUGACAAGGAAUGUGGUGACUGUAGCUCUGCCUCCUGCUGUGGCUGUUGCUGCGAAGGGCUGUGGUCUUCAGACACCAACCUCUUAUGAGCCAACUCCAAGCCAACGGGCUCCUCAAGAUGAUUGUGUAAUCUGUUGUGGGGAAAAUUGUUCCUGGUGAAUGUAGAAGAAACACAUUUCUUCAUUUGAGUAAUACCUAUGAAUUUAGCCACCCUAACAAUAAAAUGUGGAGUGGAGGGAGCUUUGUUUAAAUCUGGUGCUUCACCUCUCCCCACUUCCCAAGAGGGCUAAAUUCUUCCUAAGCAGCUUGUGAGCAUCAAAACUUUAUUUGAAGGGACAUGACUUCUUGGCAGUUGCCAUCUGUCUCAUGUGGGUGUUUGUUGUGCCAUGUUACAGAACAGGUUCUGUUUGCUGUAAUGAUACUGUAUCAGGUUUUGUAAUCAAGCUUUUUCAAUUCUUUCAGCCAAUAAAUGAACCGCUUCCUUCUCCUUCCCCCUAUGCUGGUGAUCCAAUAUAUGUGUUUAAGACAUUUUCUAAAACUAAGAAAUCGAGUCUUCAAAUAAAUGAUUUAUAAAGUGGUCAGCUUAACAAAAUAUAUAUUUCAAGCAAUCACAAACUUGAAAAUAAGUCUGUAUUACCCAUCGAAGGUGGAAUAAACAUGAGGAGCAGUAAAC